CAACUGUCAUUUUGACAAGAUGAUAAGAAACAGAACCACAUGCUUGUUUUGAUUUUGUUAUAUUCAGUUUUCUUAGAUUUUAAAGCAAUUUGAGUGAAAAUGGCCAUGAAUUCUGAAGUGGAUACGAAAAAAUCGAUGUCUGAUACGGAGCGGUUGGAAUUGUGUCAGAAAUUAGAUUCAGAGCUUGAUGAUUUUAUUAACAGUUUGGAAAGGAAAAGGUACACAGAAGGAUGGCCGGAAGACAGAUGGGAGGAAGAAAUGGAUAAGCAUCCAUUCUUUAUGAAGACCAAUCCUAGUGAUGAAAUGUCACCAUUGGCUGAAGGUUUGGCUAAACUGAAGUAUGAUCCAGAGGAAAAUACACCAUUAGAAUUAGCAAAUAAUUAUAAAGAAGAUGGCAAUUUUAAUUUUAAACACAAGAAUUACAGAUUAGCAAUAUUAGGGUACACAGAAGGUAUAAAAAUUAAAUCCAAUGAUCCUGAAAUUAAUGCAAGCUUGUACAAUAAUCGUGCUGCUUGUCACUGGCAUUUAAAAAAUUAUAGAUCAUCCUUAUAUGAUAGUGAACGAGCUUUAACAUUUAAUCCUGAACACACAAAAGCGAGACUACGGGCAGCUAAAUCCGCAUUCGAAAUCUCUAAAUAUGACAUCUGUAUACAACAUUGUGAGAAAUUAAAGAAUGAUAGAGAAGUUGUUGAAUUACUAAAUUUAGCUAAAAAGAAGAAGUUAAUCCAAGAAAGAGAUGAAAGGAAAAAGAAAAGGAGAGUUAAUAAGAAGGAUGAAGAAAGAGAUGCGAUUAUUAAAAUGAUUGUUGAACGUGGUAUUAGAGUUUCCAAUUGUGAUGAUGAAGAUGAUUUAGAUCUAUCUAAAUUAGAACCAUGUUUACCCGAUUCACAAGACUCUAUGGUACAUAUAGAAAAUGGGAUAUUAAAGUGGCCAGUUCUCUUAAUGUAUCCAGAAUAUCAAAUGACAGAUGUAGUUAAAGGUUGUCCAGAAAAUAUUUCUUUGUUGAGCCAAUUGGAACAAUUGUUCCCUGCGCCUUGGGAUGUAAAUAAUAAAUACAGUAUUAAUACUGUUAAUGUAUAUUUUGAAGGUUAUGAUAAAAUGCCUCAUGUGAUUGACCCGAAGAAGGAUUUAGGUGAUUUGUUAGUGACUAAAUAUUUUGAAUUAAAAGCGGGUACACCUGCGUUCUUUAUUUUGCCUCGAGGAAGUGUAAUUGAAAGUAGAUUUUUGGAGAGUUAUUUAUAGUAUAAUAUAAUUUUAUAAAGACAGUUA